AUGGCCGGGAUCAUGAGCUACUUUGGCGGGCGGCGCGACCCGAAGCAGUCGUCCCGCGACGCGAUAGUCACCCUCCGCCAGCAGCUGCAGAUGAUUGAGAAGAAGGAGGAGUACCUGCAGAAGAAGAUCGAGGAGGAAGUGAAGAAGGCUCGGGCGAACGCGGUCUCGAACAAGGCUGGUGAGCACCCCGCCCCCUUGUCCUCCCUGCCGCCCGCCUCCUCGGCCGUCAUGCUCAUUACGGCGACCGCGGCGCUGCGGAGGAAGAAGGUGACGGAGCAGGAGCUCGACCGGCUGCAGAACACGCGCUUCCAGCUCGAGAUGCAGGUCAACACGCUCGAGUCCGCGAGCUUCAACGCUGAGAACAUGGCCGCGAUGAAGAAGGCGUCCACUGCGCUCAAGGAUAUCCAUGGGAAGCUCACGAUCGACACCGUCGACCGAACGAUGGCGGACAUCCAGGAGCAGACACAGCUCGCGAGCGAGGUCUCGGAGGCUAUCUCGUCCAGCACGUAUGCGGGCGUCGAGAUCGACGAGGACUCGCUCCAGCAGGAACUUGCCGAUCUGGAACAGGACGAGCUCAACGACCGGCUCAUGGGCGACCACGUGCCCGUACACCAUCCAGCAGGGCCGAGCAGAAUCGAAGACAUGGAGGACGACGAGGAUGCGCAGCUCAAGGAGCUGCAGGCUGCACUGGCCAUGUAG